CUUCUUCCGGGCGGGGUGAGGUUGCCCGCGGAGAGCUCUUUGGAUGGCCCGGUUCUCGCCCUCCGAGGACUUGCCGUCUCUUAUUUCCCAUAAGCCUGUGGGUCCGUUUCCGGUGUCCUGAAGGUUCUCGGGCUCCGCGCGGUGAGUUGCCCGCGUCGGAGGAAGUAGUCAGCGCCGGGUCAGAAGCCGCAGCCAGUGUGGGGGUGACUUCGGGAAGCGCCCGAGGUGAGGAGGCCCGGCUAGCGGACUGGGUGUGUCGCGUUCGGAGCCUCCAGCCUGUGUGUGCGCUGGCGGCUGAGCAGGAUGGUGCGUGACAGGGCCGGGGUGUGCCUCCGUGAUGGUGUAUGCGAUUGGGAAUGUGUGCCCGGGUGAUGGGGUGCGUGGCCUUGUGGUUUUGCUUUGGCUGUGUGCUCUGGGUUCCCUCUAGACUUUCUUUGGGCCUGCCAAAGUUAAAUGCCCGCAAGAGAAGGGGUCCUACCCUAAGCCCUAGAGGGAACGUUUCACGCCAAGAAGGCAGAGGGCUAGUCUUGGGAUGAGAAUCGUACAUCCGGAAGUGUCCUCGUGACACGCUUCUAGGAAGGCGUGAUGGGGGAGGCCCCAGAGGUAAGGUUCGUAGAAGGGGCGCGCGUCUCGGGGCUCCUUGGGAGCCAGCUACAUGUUUCAGAGCAGCCAGACCUUCGUGCCCAGCAGCUGCUGUCAGCUCAGAGACAGAUUGCAACCUUCCUUCCUUUCAAUUCCGUUGCGUUUUGUGUGGCUGAAGGUGAAUACGGCUCUAGGCGGUGUUUCGGUUUUCCUUUUUUGUUUUUUGGUUUUAGUUAGGUCUGUGCUCCAAGAAAUGCUGGUGUCUCAUGAGUCUUUCGGUGUCCCCCUCCCGCACCCCCACCUGCACUCCCCCCUGCUGCCGGGUUUCUAAGAAGGAUCCUGAGGAGGAGGGAAGAAUUGUUGCAUAUUUUGAAGUCAAGGAUCAGGCUCUGACUUUUCUGGAUUCUGUGCUUCACCAAUAGAGGAACCCCAUGGAUUAUUAAUUAGUUCUUGCAAUUCUAGAACCAUGACUGAUGUUAAGGUGCUGAUUGGCUGGCAUCUAGGAAAGAAGCCAGUCAGGAUACAAUGCCCUUAGACAGCUGGAUGGUCACCCAAGAGAACAAUUUCAGUUGCUUGUGCCUUCUCUGGAAGAGCUUUGGUGUUUACCUAGGACAUAUCCAUGGGCUUGGUGACUUUCAGGGAUGUGGCCAUCGACUUCUCUCAGGAGGAGUGGGAGUGCCUGGACCCUGCUCAGAGGGACUUGUACGUGGAUGUGAUGUUGGAGAACUAUAGUAACUUGGUCUCAUUGGAUUUGGAGUCAACAUAUGCAACCAAAAAUAAAAUUUCAGAAAAAGACAUUUUUGAAAUACAUUUUUCCCAAUGGGAGAGGACGGAAAGAAGUAAAACUCUUGGCCUUGAGGCAUUCAUUUUCAAAAAUAAUUCUAAGUGCAAAAGCAAAUUGGAGGGACUACAGGGACAUCAAGAGGCAUACUUUAGUCAAAUGAUAAUUAGCUAUGAAAAAAUGCCCACUUACAGAAAAAGCAAAUCUUUUAGUGCACAUCAAAGAAUUCAUAAUAGAGAGAAACGCUAUAUUUGUAAGGAAUGUGGGAAGGCUUGUAGUCACGGGUCAAAACUUGUUCAACAUGAGAGAACUCAUACGACUGAAAAACACUUUGAAUGUAGUGAAUGUGGGAAGGACUUUUUUAGUGCCUAUCAACUUACUGUGCAUCAGAGAUUCCAUACUGGUGAGAAACCCUACGAAUGUAAGGAAUGUGGGAAGACCUUUAGUUGGGGAUCUAGUCUUGUUAAACAUGAACGAAUCCAUACUGGUGAGAAACCCUAUGAAUGUAAAGAAUGUGGGAAGGCUUUCAGUCGUGGCUACCACCUCACUCAACAUCAGAAAAUUCAUAUUGGUGUGAAAUCUUACAAAUGUAAGGAAUGUGGGAAGGCCUUUUUUUGGGGCUCAAGCCUUGCUAAACAUGAGAUAAUUCAUACAGGUGAGAAACCUUAUAAAUGUAAAGAAUGUGGGAAGGCCUUCAGUCGUGGUUAUCAACUUACUCAGCAUCAGAAAAUUCAUACUGGCAAGAAGCCUUAUGAAUGUAAAGUAUGUGGAAAGGCUUUUUGUUGGGGCUAUCAACUUACUCGACAUCAGGUAUUUCAUACUGGCAAGAAACCCUAUGAAUGUAAGGAAUGUGGGAAGACCUUUAAUUGUGGCUCAAGUCUUAUUCAACAUGAGAGAAUCCAUACUGGCGAGAAACCUUAUGGAUGUAAAGAAUGUGGGAAGGCCUUCAGUCGUGGCUAUCACCUCACUCAACAUCAGAAAAUCCAUACUGGUGAAAAACCUUUUGAAUGUAAGGAAUGUGGGAAGGCUUUUAGUUGGGGUUCAAGCCUUGUUAAACAUGAGAGAAUCCAUACUGGUGAGAAGUCCUAUGAAUGUAAAGAAUGUGGGAAGGCCUUUGGUAGUAGCUAUCAACUUACUCGACAUCAGAUAUUUCAUACUGGUGAGAAGCCCUAUGAAUGUAAGGAAUGUGGGAAGACCUUUAAUUGUGGCUCAAGUCUUGUUCAACAUGAGAGAAUCCAUACUGGAGAGAAACCUUAUGAAUGUAAAGAAUGUGGGAAGGCUUUCAGUCGUGGCUAUCACCUUACGCAACAUCAGAAAAUCCAUACUGGUGAGAAGCCUUUUAAGUGUAAGGAAUGUGGGAAGGCCUUUAGUUGGGCUUCAAGCCUUGUUAAACAUGAGAGAAUCCAUACUGGUGAGAAGUCCUAUGAAUGUAAGCAAUGUGGGAAGGCCUUUGGUAGUGGCUAUCAACUUACUGUUCAUCAGAGAUUUCAUGCUGGUGAGAACCCUUAUCAAUGUAAGGAAUUUGGGAAGACCUUUGUUCAUGGCUCAAACCUUGUUCAACAUGAGAGAACUCAUAGUAAUGAUAAACCUUAUGAAUAUAAAGAAUGUGGGGAAGCCUUUAUAUGGACAACUUAAAUGAGACAAUUGAUACUGAUGAAACUUUAUGAUUGAAGAGAUGUGAACACAUUUUUUAUGUGUACGAACAAUACAAGGAGAAUCUUACUCUUGAGAAAACUUAUAAAUGUAGCGAAUGUGUAAAACCCUUA